CCUUUAAAAAAAAAAUUAGGUGUGUCUAAGGACCUUUUCAGGAAGAUACGUUUGCCUACACAAACCGUAUUAGGCUACAGUUGAAAGCUAUUGCGAUGCCAAUUUUAACAAGACCAGGCAACAAUUGUGGGGCAUUUUCUCUUUUGUCCACCAGUGGACUGGAUUCCCCUCUCCACACAUCACUUCAUAGAGACCGCCGCUGCUGCCACCACCACCAACACCACAUCGCCGAUGCUAUAGUAGGUGGACUGGAUAACAAUCUCUCUCGCCCUAUUGGACAUUGGAUUUGAAAGACCGCUUUCAGCCAUUUUAUCGCUGCAUGUGCCACGUGACGACAGAGACACACGAGUAUGGGCAUUAGACGCGGGUAAAUACACUGUGGGCUUUCAUCUUAGGAGAUGACAGGUGGACACAUUUGGGAAGAUUGGAGCCUGUGAUCCUGCAGUCUAAAGACACCAUGGAGCAAGGCUUCAGCUUCAGCACACUGAAGAAGCUGGCGGCCGAGCCGGACCACACCGACAUGAGCUUGACGGCGGCAGAGCGCGUGCUGGCCCUCAGCAAGAUGGGCUGCAGCGUGGAGAUCAACGAGGAGAUCACGCCACGCCGCUACUUCCGCUCCGGCGUGGAGAUGGAGCGCAUGGCCGCCGUGUACCUGGAGGAGGGCAGCUUGGAGAACGCCUACGUCCUCUACAACAAGUUCAUCACUCUGUUUGUAGAGAAACUCCCCAGCCAUCGAGACUACCGGGAGUGCAGCGUGCCAGAGAAGCAGGUGAUAAUGAAGAAAUUGCAAGAUGUCGCAUUUCCACGCAAAGAUCAAUUGAGGAAGCUCCUGCAUGAGAAGUUCAACAAGGAACACGCAGCAUAUCUAAUGAGUCAGAGCCAGGCUGUGGUGGUGGAUGGCUGCGGCCAGCAGCUGCAGAGGACGUCUCUGGUAGAGCAGGAGAGACUGAGGGUGGCUCAGCUGCGCAGGAUGCAGAUGGAGGCGGAGCAGUUCCGCCACUUCGAGGACCAACUGCGCAGGCAGGAGCUGGCCAAUCGCAGAGACGAGGCGGUCGCUAAAGUGCCUGAACAAACGGACGGGUCCUGCCUGUCCCACUCCUCCAAGAACCAUGUUCGUCUCGACCCAAACCGCAAUCAACCUUCUCUCCCCAGCAGCAAGCCAGCAGCUACACUGGCUGGCGUACAUACUCAACUGGUUGAGGGCCUGAGGCGGGUCAUCAUUCCGAGAGACCUGACCUACAAGUUCUUGCUGCUCGCCGACAGCAACACAGCCAGGGGCAUAGAGACAUGUGGGGUCCUCUGUGGAAAACUGACUCAAAAUGAGUUUCUGCUGACCCAUGUGGUGGUUCCCAAGCAGUCAGCUGGCCCAGACUACUGUGAUAUGGAGAAUGUAGAGGAGCUCUUCAGUUUCCAGGACAACCACAGUCUACUGACUCUGGGCUGGAUCCAUACCCACCCCACCCAGACGGCCUUCCUGUCCAGUGUAGACCUGCAUACACACGGCUCCUACCAGCUCAUGCUGCCUGAAGCCAUCGCCAUCGUCUGCUCGCCCAAACACAACGAUACGGGGGUGUUCAGACUCACCAGCUCUGGCAUGGGGGAGGUAGCCCGCUGUAGACUGAAGGGCUUUCACCCACACUCCAAGGACCCGCCUCUCUUCAGCAUCUGUAGGCAUGUUGUUAUAAAGGACUUGAAAACAACCGUGCUGGACCUCAGGUGACAGAGAGGGGAAGGGAAGACACUCACCCCCCCUCCUCCUCCUCACCAUCACAAACUGGAUCUCCUAUUUAUAGCUUUGUUUACAAUGAAGGCUUUUGUAUUUUAUUUUUAAAGCACGUACUGUUAAUUGAAACUUCUUUGCAACACAUGGUGAUGAAUUGUUCUAAUGGUGUCGUUUUAUCAACCCUUUAUCCUAAAGUAUGUUGUUUUUUUUUGAUAGCUUAACAUGUCAAUUUGGCAGAGUGGAUUUUUUUGGGGGGGCCAGUUCUGCGUGUCAGAUUUGAUGUGGAAUUCUCCAGAGAGAACUACUUUAGCAUGCAGGCCUGCUGUAAAUGGCCUGAGGUGUUUUCAGUUUGAGAACUGGCUGAAGUGUGUGCACUUCAGUGUUAUGUGAAUGAUACUCUCCCAUGAAGGUAUCCUUACCAUUUAACAUUCCUGGAACUGGACACUAUGGGAAAGACUUGUAAAAACACAAUUAUACAGCAUUUGCACAAUUGAUUACAUGCAGAGAUUUGACGAACAAAUAAAAAGAAAUUGAUUUCUUAAAUAUAAAAUGGACUGGAUUUAAUUGUGAUGGCUCUGUGGCUUAGGACGUUGUUUUGUUGUCUUUUUAGUCUUAGUUAUAAUGAAUGACUUUUGGCCAGUUGGAUGUUAGCCUUGACAUUUUUGCGUUAUUUGUCUCGAGUCUUGAUUUAUUUUUGAGGUGUUGACCAGAAAAGAGAACCAUAACUUAAAUAUUCCUAAAAGUAGCCUGUCGAGGUGACAUGUCUUGUGUGGGGAGGAACAAACCAAAGUGCUCCGAGAAUUUGUAAGCAAAAAAACCUUAGGCGCCUUAAAGUAACAGUAGCUUUUUGCCAUUCAAGGGCCUUGACUACACAGAGCUCAGGUAUCGGCUCACUUUCCACGCCCAUGAAGCAUUUAAGUAGCCUGGUUCCAGACCUGCUUGUGCUCUCAUCAUUGUUUGGCUUGCCAAUGACCAUUUGAAACACCACAGACACAUCUGGGACCAGGCUAGCCUUUAAGCACGCCUCCCUGUAGAAAAUUGAGCUCUCCUUCUUUCACCUUUGGCAGAAGUGGGCGUGAGGGGAAAAUAACUUGUCACACCCCCUCACAGCAGUCCUGAUAAUGGCUUUGUCUUUCAUUUGACUUUAUAUCAGUACUACAGUGUGUUGUUGGACUGUUGCUACAGUGUGAUUAUCUGUCACAGUGGCGCUGUAGGAACAUGCUCUGUUGUAGUGGCUUUGUGCUUAGAAAUGGGAAAGACAACCAGUCAAUGCAGUGACUCUGCCACAAUUUUCCACUGUCAUUUUGGUAAUAAAACACAUACGGCUUUA